ACCUUUGAAGAGUGAGCUGGUAACAGGGGGAAAGCGCGAGUGGUGGUAAGGUUUUACUCAUUCUCCAGCUUUAUUACCUUAUCCGAAGAAUGUCGUGAGGAGUUCUUAAGAGCGCCUUUAAAGAGAGAAACUGAAAGGGAAGCUGUGACCCACAGUUGGAGUGACAGCAGGACGAAGGAACCCAAGGUGAACCCUGUUGCUUCAUCAAGAAAAGCUUUAUGAUUCCUCCAGCGAGUGCAUGACAAAAGAUAGUGAGUUGACUGUCGGGGCUUCUGCUUAAAGAUCUCAGUCCGGGAAGAUGACUCAGUCUGUGCAGGUUAACCCAAAACUGCCUGACCUGGGUGCUCCAUUCCUAUACUCCAGCCAGGAAGAGGCAGAUCAACAGGGAUCCUACUCAGUCCAGACUCCAUAUGGCUUCCAGCUGGACUUGGACUUCCUCAAGUACGUGGAGGAGAUCGAGAGCGGUCACAACCUGCGCCGGGCGCCCGUCAGCUCCCGCAGGUCGACGCGGGGCGUCAAAGUCUCGCAGCGGAGCACCAGCGUCGGGGGACGAGCCAGCGGUUGGACCUCCACCGAGUCUCUCUCAUCCCCCGCCAGCGAAGAUGGCAGAGUUCCCCCUCCGCCGCCCCCGAGGAACCGCAUUGGUUCGGCACCCUGCGAAGCCCAACCUCUGUCCCCUCUCACCAUCAUCAGCUCCCCGCCGCACUCCGCCGGCUCCAAAAUGCCCCCUCCUCCUCCUCCCCUGCGCAACCCCAGGGUGGAGAGAACCCUCCUCGAAACCAGCCGGCGACUACAGCAAGAGCAGACCCACCAGCACCAAAAUGGCACCCGCUUCCAGCUCUCAGACCCUCCCAAGCAAGGCUUCAGAGAGGGCGCCAAGACAAAUGUUCCUCUUUGGACUUCCCAUGCUAACACAACCAUUGUGGAUGGUCUGCCUCAGCUACAGUCUUUGGUCUCCCCUACCCCACCCCAGAGUAGCUGGAUCAAACGCAGUCCUCACACCUCCGGUAGGAGCACUCCUGCCUCAACCACCGGAAUGGCUUCCCUACCACCCACCCAGUUGCAGACAGUGAGAGAGCAAAUGGCCACUGCCCUCCGGCAACUGAAGGAGAUGGAGGAGCGGGUGAAGGGUGUCCCGGCAUUGGAGAGAGAAGUGGCUAAGUUACGUGCAGAGAAAGACAUGCUUCUGUCGGCACUGGAGGAGAAGAAAGCUUUCGCUGCUAAAGAGACGGUGGUCCAAGAACGACAGACGACCACAACAGUGACUGUUUCUACCACAGUGGACGCAGAGUCCCAAGUUCAGGAAACUCCUCCGACUUCGAGCCAAGCAGGAGACGUCAACAGACUGAGCGAGAAAACGGAGGUGAAGGCUGAGAGAAACUCUGAGAAAGUUCCAGAAAGAAUUCCAGCCGAGACUGUGGAGAAGAUGUCGGUGGCAGUCGGGGAUGACUUGUCACUGGAGGAAGGGGUGUUCUACUACAGACAGGAAGUGAAAGACGCGUCCGAGGGAACAGAGGUGGCCGUCUGCGAGAAAAGCGUUGGGACUGAAGAGGCAUCUGCUUGCGACGAGGCAGUCCAGGUGGGCGUGGAAACGCAGGAGGCCUCUGUGUGGGUGAUGGAAUCGCUGCUCGGCGUCACCAGCGAGGCACAGAGAGAGAUGGACACCUUACAAGACACCAUCAAAUUCCAACAAGAGUCCAUUUUGGCUCUGGAGGGGAGACUGAGCCAAGCUGACCAGGACCUGGGAGCGCUGAAAGCCCAAGAAGAAGAGAGGAAGUCCCGGGUCAUGUUUGAGAAGGGUGUCCUUGCCAAACCUACCAUGGCACACGCUCAAGUAGCAACUGAUUCGUCCACUUGCACUUUGCAACAUGUGGCAGUGUCCUGUUGCCCUGAGGUUGUGGAUGCAUGUGUAGGGGGGGAUUUACCAGCCAAUGAGAAUCACCAGAGUACACAGACUGACAUUGUUGAGAGUCCACCUGAACCAAUCCCAGUAGCUCUGGUCAGCACUGGGAGCCAAUGGGAGAAUAUUCUUGAGGAGGUGCAGGAGCAGAAACCUCUGGCCACCGCGCUGAAGAGAAGACAGAUGACCAUCGCCGAGUACAAGGUUACCCCCGAUGAGGAAAUGGUCAGUGUGGCGGACAGAGAGGAGGAAGUGACCACUCCCAACAACCAAACAUCUGUUGGAGCAUCAUUACUGGCUCCAGGUAUGCUUAAAUCCAUCAUGAAGAGAAAGGAUGGGAGUGACCCGGGUCAAACCCGCAGCAGCGGCAAGAAGAGCUUGCAGUUUGUCGGCAUUCUCAACGGAGGGUAUGAGUCGACGUCGAGCGAGGAGGACGAGGAGGAGGCGGAGGAGGAAGAGGAAGAGGGCAGUUCGUCGGCGGGCAGUGGGGACGGCGGGUGCUCGGACAGCAGCGAGGAGGCGGCGGCGGCUCUGGAGGACACGUCGGACGAGGAGAGAAACGUGAACGUGGACGACAGCGACAGCGAGGACGAGGUCCUGGGAGGAGCCACCAAUGCCUCUGACGCUGUGAAAGAGAAGUUUGAGCUGAGUGCAAAAAUGCGCGAGGCUUGUCUCAUUCUGAAGAACCACCUGAACGAUGAUGUCAAAACACUGAAGAGUAAAGAAGUGCUCUCCAGCACCCACACUGUGCAGCUGGAGUGGUUCCGUAUCUCCAGCGCUAAGACGGCCCAGCCUCAGCGCGUCUCCAACUACCUGAUGGCCUUCUCCGAGGUCUCCUCCGCCCUGCUCGCGCGUGUGGUCAACAUGACGGACGGGAACGGCAACACCGCCCUGCACUACAGCGUCUCCCACUCCAAUUUCAUCGUGGUGGGCCUGCUGCUGGAUACGGGUAUGUGCUGUGUGGAUAAGCAGAACAAGGCGGGCUACACGGCUAUAAUGCUGGCAGCCCUCUCUGCUGUGAAGGAGGAGGAGGACAUGCAGGUGGUCAAGAAGCUCUUCAGCCAAGGCAACGUCAACGCCAAGGCCAGCCAGGCCGGCCAGACAGCGCUGAUGCUAGCAGUUAGCCACGGUCGGCAGGAGAUGGUGCGGGCCCUGCUGGACUGCGGUGCCAAUGUGAACGUGCAAGACGAUGAGGGCUCCACAGCGCUCAUGUGCGCCAGUGAACACGGCCGGGCCGAGAUCGUGUCCCUGCUCCUGGACCAGCUGGGCUGUGACAUCUCCAUCGUGGACAAUGAUGGCAGCAACGCUCUAUCCAUCGCUCUGGAGGCCUCGCACAAUGACACGGCUGUCCUGCUGUACGCCCAUAUGAACUACGCCAAAACCCAGGCAGCUGGAACUGCCAAGCCCCACAAGUCCCCAUAAGACAUGGUCAGCAGAGUGAUGCAAGCGGUGUAUAUGAUAGACCAUUAAGACGGACAGAAACGUAACAGGACAAGAGCAUUGAAAAAUGUUCCACUGGAAUUACCACUGUCUCCUAAAGGAUAUGUAUUUAUAUCUUGGCUUAAGUUGUGCAUUUAUUUGUAUUGUUAAUAUAAGGUUGAUAUUUUUCCAUAAAAGCCUUGAGCAGUUACUAUUAUCCAUAACUAAUCUGCAUUUGUAACAUGUUUGACCAAGUAAAGGUCUGCAGCAUCUAUUUUUCUAUAAAACAGAACAUGAGACCUUAAAUCCAAUUUGCACUCAUUUAUUAUGUUUAGUGUAGUCCUCACUCUACUUCAAUUUAACAGCCCUCUCAAUCGUAAUGCUAAUAGUUCUAAGUCUGCACUAACCGUCUAUGCAUUGUAUAUUCAUGUAUCUAUUUUCAGGAAAAACAAUAAACAUAUAUUUACAUAA